AUGCACAGCACUGCAUGUCUGUCGCCGUUCAUCCAUCAACCCGAGAGCUGGCCAGCAGGUACCUGCGGGGAAGCCGGCAGGGCGCGGGCGGGGGCAGGCUGGGGAGGGGCCGCGGCUGCGCAGGGAGGAUGCGCGGCCGCGGAGCCGCUGGACCCGCAGAGCAGCGCCGGCAGCGGGAGGCUAAAAGCAGCUGCCAGGAUGCCAGCUCCUUGGCUUUGCAACGUGGUGUUUCUGCUGGCCUGUGGAUCGGCCUCAGCCUUUAGCCACAGCCCCAGGACCCCUGACAGGGUUUCUGAAGCAGACAUUCAGAGGCUGCUCCAUGGGGUUAUGGAGCAGCUGGGCAUCGCUAGACCCCGGGUGGAAUACCCAGCACACCAGGCUACGAACGUGGUCGGGCCGCAGAGCAUUGAAGGUGGUGCUCACGAGGGGCUCCAGCACUUGGGUCCUUAUGGCAACAUCCCAAACAUCGUGGCUGAGCUGACAGGAGACAACGUGCCAAAGGAUUUCAGUGAAGAUCAAGGGUAUCCUGACCCUCCAAAUCCCUGCCCUAUUGGAAAAACAGCUGAUGAUGGCUGUCUGGAGAACACCCCAGACACAGCAGAGUUCAGCAGGGAGUACCAGCUGCACCAGCACCUGUUUGAUCCAGAGCAUGACUACCCCAACAUGGGCAAGUGGAGCAAGAAUUUACUCUUUGAGAAGAUGAAUGGUGCUCCAAAAAGAAGAAAGAGGAGUGUGAACCCCUACCUGCAAGGGCAGCGCCUGGACAACGUCGUGGCCAAGAAGUCUGUGCCGCACUUCUCAGACGAAGACCAAGGCCCCGAAUAAGUCCAACUGAAAAAGAAACCAAACCAAGACAGCAGCAGAAAACACCCAACAAAGGAAUGAUGAAAACUCCUCUGCCAUCCUCUGCUAGAUCCUUGCUAUUAAACCCCCCCCUCCUGACUGGGGCAGCAUGUUUAUUAUGUCUCUGGUUGGUAGAUGAAACCCAGCUGUAUUUAUAAGAGGAGGUUCUCCUAGAUAACAAAGGGAGAUGGUUCUGCUUUCUGUUAAGUUAUGGUAAGAAACAAAAAAGGCAAAGAAAAGGGAAAACAAA